AUGCGAUGGGCUCCCGUUCCUGAGGGCAGUGGGCACGAUGAGCCUCUCCUGCUGCCACGACGCCCGCCGCCACUACUAAGGCCCUCACAAGACCCAAGACUGUGAAUCUCUUGUCAUGGGCUACAUCCUCCUCGUCGAUAGCUCGCCGACCGCGCUUACCCGGCGUUGCGCUGCGAUCCCCCUGGGAUCUUGACGCUUCCCACCCUCAGGCAUGGUAGUGGAGUUGCCUUGGGAAGCACUUUGGGGUGUUGUUGGUGCUGUUUAGGUGUGGUGUGAUGAAGACAGCACGCGUGACCGGUGUCUGCUCCGGUAGUCGCAAAAAAGCGGGAAAUUUUUCACCGAACAGUAAAAGGAGCAAGCCCCCCAAAAAUACGCCUUGCUCUUUUUACGGAAACGUAGAGGAACGCCUCCAUAUAUUUAAAGACAAUACGGUUUCGUAACCAAAAACGUAUUUUUUUGGCCUGAUAAGACAC